UCCGCGCAUGCGUCCACUCGCGAGUGACAAGUGACAGUUGACAAGUGACCUACAAAAUGUCCGCCAAAAUUUACGUGCUUUGUCUGGUGCUGGCGACAGGGAUGGCUGCGAGGCAUCGGCCACGCGUGCAGCAGCCCGUAGACGAGUACGACUACGAGCCUCAGGCGCAGGAGAGAGGGGGACAGGUUGUACUAGUAGCACCGGAUGCCUACGAGGGUAUCUACCAAGCGCAGGAGCGCGCUGACGAGGAGUACCAGCCCAGAGCCGAGUACCAGCCCAGAGCCGUGCACCGCGCGCCCCAGUCCAGGCCGAAGUCACAGAAACCUGUGCAGGAAGGACCAAAGCAACCGCCCGUGCAGACUAUCAGAAACUAUAAUAAGGUAAAUGAUGACGGUAGCUUCACUUUCGGCUACGAAGCAGCGGACGGAUCUUUCAAAGAAGAAACCCGAGGCACUGACUGCGUUGUGCGCGGGAAAUACGGUUACGUCGACCCCGAUGGCAACAAACGAGAAUUCACGUACGUGUCCGGAAACCCUUGCGACCCUAACAAACCCAACGAAGACGAAGAACCAGACUCUCCUGCAAUUGAUUCAGCGGAGAGAGAUGACCCUGAACCCAACUACCCGUCGAGACCAGUGAUCAGACCCACAACCGCCCGACCAGCGACUACCUACUUCCAAAACGACUUUAGGGACGCUGAUGAAGAACCCGAAGAGGAACCCCUGCAGCAGUUCAGACAGCGCGUCGUUCAACGCCCACAGCCCGCCAGACCAGCGGCACGACCAGCGUACCAGGCCCAACAAAUCGCUAUCACUCCCCGCCCUGUGCCCGUAACUACUGCCAGAGCAUUACCCCCAGCAACGACCUUCAGGCCACAAAUCAUUCAAGUCACUCCCAAACCACAAAUCCAAUACAGCCCCGAACCUCAAUACUCUCCUUCUCCUGCUCCCGCUAUUUCCUCCAACAGACCUGGGCAAAUUGAUUUCGCCGCAGAAUUCGCUAAAUUCCAUCGCGACAAUCAAGGGCCGUCCACUACACCAGCCGCACUAAACCUUGGCUCCAAGAGCACUCCCGCUUCGGCGAGCAAUCCUCUAUACUCGACUGAACUGGUCUACGAUCCUUCCAGUGGUUCGUAUGAUACCCAGCUGUUCCAGUCUCUACCUCAAACUAAGGGAGAACUUAAUCUCAACCAAAGACUUCAGCCAUAUGUCGCUCAGCAACAGCAACAGCAAAGACCCUUCAACCCGUCUCCACAGAUUCCCUCUAAUGCUCCUGUGUACAGGCAGCAGUAUCAGGCCAAUCCUCAGGAGAUCUACCAAAGGCAGCAGUCUGAGUCGCAGUUCCAAAGCUCUCAACAGUUGUUUGCUCAACAGCAACAACUUCAGCAGUCCCAACUACAGAGAGACAGGGCGGCGGCGAGAGCUCAAGCUCAAAGGUUAUCUCUUGCCCAGCCCCAGGCUCCGCAAAGAGCGGCGGCUCCGGCGCAGCAAUACUACUACGUACCCCGAGGGGAGAGCCCUUCAUCUGGUCAAAUCGACGCGUUUUUGAGAGGGCACGGCAUCCAGCUUUGAAGUGUUUAGUGUAAUGAGCUAGAUAGAACUAUCGAUCGACUGAGUCCAUAUAGCCAUAUGUUAAUGUACAAGUGUAAAAUAUCGGUCGAGGAGUGCGGUGGAGUGAAUAUCUAGUUCCAUGGACUGUGGCGGCGCCACAGGCCGCGAGUGUACAUAGCUGUGUCUCAGUACCUUAAACUAAAUCUUAGCGUAAGACUUAAUUUUAUUAUUAAUCGCGAACCAUCUUUGUCCGAAGUCCACCACGUUCUUGAUAUGGACGUUUUUGUAAAAUUGCAA